AUGGAAAACAAUAUUACAGCUAAACAAUGGUUUGAUUAUGCUAAACAACUUUAUGAAAAGGACUUUGGGGUGGAAUCGCCUCUAAUUUUUAACAUUAAUACAAAUCUUUGUACAAAGCAGGAAAUUGAAAUGGGUAUAAAAAAGUUAGGUGUUGGAAAAGUAAAAGACUUGGUUGAUCUUCAAGCGGAAUAUUUGAAGUGGGCUUUGAAAUCUUUGGCGCCACACACUAUGAAAAAUUUUAACAACAUCAUACAACAGGGAUUUCCCAAAGAUUGGACUACUAGUCUUGUCAUUCCUCUUUUUAAGAGCAGGGAUGUCAAUAAUCCCUCUAAUUACAGAACCAUUAUGAUUAACCCUUUAUUUGCAAAGUUUUUUGGCAGCAUGACAGAGAAUAGAAUUAGCAAGUGGUUGGAAGAGAUUGGUAAGCGUGUAAAAGGGCAAGCUUGUUUUAGACCUAAGCAUUCCAUAGUUGAUCAUGGUAUCACUUUGAGACAUUUAAUUGAAAAGGGAUGGGAAGAGAAAGAAGAGAUCUUUUGUUGUUUUGUUGAUUUCAGAAAGGCUUUUGACAUGGUUCCUAGCAUUCAAACUUUGGAACAGAAUGGAAGAACUUUGGAAUCCCAUCUUAUAAUGGUUGUCCAUGGGCUUUAUGAGGAGGUUAAAGUCAAAAUCGGAACCUCAGAUGGUCUCUCUGAAAGCUUCAUAAGCAAUAUUGGGGUCAAAUAA